AUGAGGGCGACGGGAGGCCAGAGCGGAGCCUGUCUGGAGCCUGGCCUGCAUGCAGACGCGGCCUACUUCGGUGCAGAGAAAACAAAGAAUUUUGUCAGUCGAAGCCUCGUCAUCGGAGAAGUCCUCUCCACAGCAGACGUGGCCACAGGAGUGAAGUGCGGAAUCAUUUACUGGCUAUUUGGUGGCGCGGUCAGGAAUCUUGGAAGCCCAAGACAUGUAGCUAAGUGGCUGAAGCCACUGCAAGAGCAGAAAUACAUGGGGUUGUUUGCAAUGACCGAGAGGGGCCACGGGAGCAACGCGAGAGGCAUCCAGACCGAAGCUACCUUGGACCUCUCUGCACAGGAGUUUGUAAUCCACACCCCGUGUGAAGACGCCCAGAAGAUGUACAUCGGAAAUGCCACCCACGGGAACUACGCCGCCGUCUUCGCCCAGCUCACCGUGGGCGGAAGGUCUCAAGGGCCGCACUGCUCCAUUGUUCCCGUCCGUGACGAAAGCGGGAGCUUGUACCCAGGCGUGACUGUGAUGGACAUGAUGCACAAAGAAGGUCUGCACGGUGUGGAUAAUGGGAUUUUAAUAUUUGACAAGGUUCGGAUACCAAGGGACAACCUGCUGGAUAAGUGAGUUCGGUCCGCGGGUCCAGAUGGGCAGUACCGUUCCCCUGUCAAGAAGAAGGGUGCAGGAUUCAACGCGAUGCUGGCCGCACUGACCCCUGCGACAUUAGCAGUGACCUUCCAAGCUCUGGGCGCCAUGCAGCUUGGGUUGACGAUAGCCAUUCGUUACAGCCACAGCCGGAGGCAGUUUGGGCCCAAGGCCCAGGAAGAGGUCAAGAUCAUUGAGCACCAAACGCAGACCCUUUGACUGAUGCCUCACCUGGCUACAACCUUAGCCCUGGUCUUCGCCAGCAGGUAUGCCAGGGGCCUCCUGGAUGAGGACAUUUUCCAGGGGAAAGAGCUGAUGGACAGCCGUCCGCUGCAGGCGCUGGUGGCGGGGCUGAAAGCCUGCAGCACCUGGGGGAACAUCCGCUGUCUGCAGGACUGCCGCGAAGGCACUGGAGGCACGGUUGUAGCUCGGGAACUGCUGGCUCAACACGCCAAACAGUAUGAAGAAAGACCACUUGUUGGCCUGCUCCGGGGCUGGGCUGAGUCUGGGGGCGACAAGCUGAGAACCAGUUUCCUGGCAUUUAACAUGGACACAGUCGGUAAUCUCACCUUUCUGCUGAAAGCAGUGAAUUUCCGUGAAAGGGUUCUUCAGCAGAGUUUGGUGGCCCGAAUUUAUUAGAAGGUGGUGACCCAGAAGGAGGACUUCUUCAGGGCCUGGAACUCGUGUCUGCAUCACGUCACCUCCCUGUCACUGGCACACAUUCACAGAGUCACCUUCGAGCAGUUCUCUCUGGCAGCGAGGUGCUGUCCCGACCGCGACGAUCCGGCUCUGUUAAUGAAGUUUUGUCUGCUGUAUGGAACCAAACUGGUGUUCGAGGAGCGAGCCUGGUAUCUGGAACAUAAAUGUUUGACUCCUGAGGCCAGCACGAGGAUGAGGACUCAGUUGCUGGAUUUGUGUGACUCGGUGAAGGAUGAUGCUUUGAGGGUGACCUCCGCCUUUAACAUUCCGCACACCUCCCUACACGCGCCCGCGGGGAUCACCAACCCGCUGGCCGCCUGGGCCUUUUACCCCGCGCCGCCGCAGCCCGGGGCCGGUGAAGGAGCGCGCUCUUCGCAAUGGGCCCCCCUGCGAGCGUACGGCCCCGUGCCACCCAAGGUCUCCCGCUGGCAGCGGUGA